GCCGCGCACACGUCCGCCGACUCCGAGAUCCCGACCGAAGCCCCGAUGAAACGAUAACAGGAGGCGAAGGAGGAGAGGGACGCCUCUUUGAUUCCAAGAAUCACUAACCCCCGAUCGCCCAUUACCGAUUGAUUUUGGCGAAGACAACGACGACGACGACGACGACGACGACUGAGCGGAUCGAUCCCUCGGAACCCUAGGGUUUCGAUCGCAACGCGGGCAUCGGAGCCCAAGAAACCAGGAGGUGACCUCGCCGGAGAUCGGCAGCGCUGGGGGCGAAUCAGUCACGCCACGGCCCGUCCGAGGCGAACGCGGGCUUGCGCCUCUUCACCCUCCUGCGAAUCCCUCAUGCCCCGCGCACCCGAUAUCUAGAGAGCCUCCCCCCGACCCCUAUGGAUUUCGUCAGCCGGCACGCCGCAUCCGCCUCCGCCAACCACCAUCACCCGCCGCCGGUGGAGGCUGCUCCGGCUCCGGUCCCGGCCGGCCCAGCCGUGCCCGAGGAGCCCGAGUACUUGGCCCGGUACAUGGCCAUCAAGCAUUCGUGGCGGGGCCGGUACAAGCGGAUCUUCUGCAUCUCAAGCUCCGGGAUCGUGACGCUCGAUCCUUCGACGCUGGUCGUCACCAAUUCUUAUGACGUCGCUGCCGACUUCGAGGGAGCGGCCCCGGUGCUAGGACGCGGGGAUGAUGUCGGCUCGCAGGAGUUUACUGUUAGUGUGCGGACCGAUGGGAAAGGCAAAUUCAAGGCGAUCAAGUUCUCAUCCAGGUUUAGGGCGAGCAUCCUGACAGCCCUGCACCGGCUUAGGUGGGGUAAGUUGGGGCCGGUCAUGGAAUUCCCAGUACUUCAUCUUCGGCGAAGGACCUCAGAAUGGAUCCCUUUUAAAUUGAAGGUUACAGCCACUGGUGCCGAACUCCUUGACGGACAGUCUGGAGAUCCUCGGUGGUGCUUGGAUUUCAGAGACAUGGAUUCUCCCGCCAUCAUACUUCUGGCUGACAAUUAUGGGAAUAGAAGUGUUGACUCAGGAGGAUUUGUUCUCUGUCCCAUGUAUGGGAGAAAAAGUAAAGCUUUCACAGCUGCCGCUGGUGCCUCUAAUUCAGCAAUCGUAUCAUACUUGACUAAAACUGCAAAAACUACCGUUGGGCUGUUGUUAUCAGUUAAUAGUUCUCAAUCGAUGACAAUAGCAGAUUUUAUUAACAAAAGAGCAAAGGAGGCAGUUGGAGCAAAUGAGACCCCUUAUGGCGGAUGGUCUGUGACGAGGUUACGUUCUGCUGCCAAGGGAACUGCUAAUGUUGAGAGCUUAAGUCUUGGGAUUGGACCUAAGGGAGGCCUAGGAGAACAAGGGGACUCUGUAUCUCGACAGCUUAUUCUUACGAAACUUGCAAUUGUUGAAAGGCGUCCUGAUAACUAUGAGGCUGUCAUUGUUCGCCCUCUCUCCGCUGUAAGUUCUCUUGUUCGGUUUGCAGAAGAACCACAGAUGUUCGCAGUUGAAUUCUCUGAUGGUUGUCCAAUUCAUGUAUAUGCAAGCACUUCUCGUGACAGCUUACUUGCAGCUCUUCGGGAUGUUCUGCAGUCAGAGAGCCAGAGCCCUGUUCCCUUAUUGCCAAGACUGACCAUGCCUGGUCAUCGCAUAGAUCCUCCUUGUGGAAGUGUUUGUUCUCAUAAACAUCAGCUUAGUCCUAGUCAGCAGCAUCCUGUUGUUGAUGUGGAAACUGCAUCCAUGCAUUUGAAACAUUUAGCUGCAGCUGCCAAAGAUGCUGUCGCUGAAGGGGGCUCAGUCCCUGGUUCAAGAGCAAAGUUGUGGCGUAGAAUAAGGGAGUUUAAUGCUUGCGUACCCUAUGGUGGAGUACCUCCUAAUCUCGAAGUGCCUGAGGUAGUCUUAAUGGCUUUGAUCACAAUGCUUCCAGCAACACCUAACCUUCCUCCGGAUGCUCCUCCCCCUCCCCCUCCAUCACCCAAAGCAGCAGCAACAGUCAUUGGGUUCAUUGCAUGUUUACGUAGGUUGCUUGCAUCAAAAUCUGCAGCAUCCCAUGUUAUGUCAUUUCCUGCUGCUGUUGGGAGAAUAAUGGGGUUACUAAGAAAUGGAUCAGAAGGUGUAGCAGCUGAAGCGGCUGGGUUAGUUUCUAUGCUUAUUGGUGGUGGUCCUGGUGAUUCUAGUAUACUGGUUGACUCGAAAGGGGAGACACAUGCCACAUAUAUGCACACCAAGUCUGUACUAUUUGCACAUCAGAAUUAUGUUACUAUCCUUGUAAAUAGGUUAAAACCGGCAUCUGUGUCUCCAUUAUUGUCAAUGUCAGUUGUGGAAGUACUUGAAGCUAUGCUUUGUGAACCUCAAGGUGAAACGACUCAACAUACUACUUUUGUUGAGUUGCUACGCCAAGUUGCUGGUUUGCGCCGACACUUGUUUGCUUUAUUUGGUCAUCCUGCUGAAAGUGUGAGAGAGACAGUGGCUGUUAUCAUGCGGACUAUAGCAGAGGAGGAUGCAAUUGCAGCGGAAUCUAUGCGUGAUGCUGCCUUAAGAGAUGGUGCUCUCUUGAGACAUUUGCUGCAUGCUUUUUUCCUUCCUGCUGGGGAGCGCCGUGAUGUUAGUCGACAACUCGUAGCUCUUUGGGCUGAUUCUUAUCAACCUGCUCUUGAUUUGCUUUCAAGAGUUCUUCCUCCUGGCCUUGUUGCUUAUUUGCACACGAGAAUAGAUGCUGCUUCAGAAGAUCAGAACCAAUUAAAUGAAGAAGUCCUAUUAACUAGGCGAAGACAGAGACACAUACUUCAGCAGAGGAAAGGCCGUUUUGGAAGAAGUAUUGCUUCUCAAGAACUUGGGUUGAGUCCUCUACAAAAUGUUCAAGAUGGUGAUUUGGCAAAACAGACUCCCAGUGCCUUCCUAGGGGCACAAAGUGACCUGAAACCUCUCCAAGAGUCGAACUUUGGGCAGUAUUUGGUUUCAUCUUUUGCUCAUCCAGGUGCAAGCCAGAUCAGCGAACCUUCCUAUGCAUUUCCACAAAAUUCUGGUUCAGGAGUUGUUAUUUCUGAUAAUUUUCAUCAAAUGUCGCAAAAACUGGAUCCAAAUGCUUCUGCUUCUGUUGACGCUGCUGUUAACUUUGUUGGUUCCAUGGAUUCUGACUUCCCUGCCCCUGCUCAGGUCAUUGUAGAGAAUACCCCUGUGGGAUCUGGUAGGUUGCUAUGUAAUUGGCAUGGAUUUUGGAGAGCGUUUGAGCUAGAUCACAACCGUGCUGAUCUAAUUUGGAAUGAGCGCACCAGGCAAGAGCUUAGAGAGGCUUUACAAGCAGAAGUUCAUAAGCUGGAUGUUGAAAAGGAGCGAACAGAAGACAUUCUUCCUGAAGGUGGUAUACUUGAAGUUAAUAAUGUGCAAGAUAGUGCACCUAAGAUUUCUUGGAACUAUGCAGAAUUUUUAGUGAGCUAUGCCAGCUUAUCAAAAGAAGUCUGUGUAGGGCAGUAUUAUCUGCGGUUGCUGCUUGAAAGUGGAAGCAGUUGUGGGGCACAGGACUUCCCACUACGGGACCCUGUUGCUUUCUUCAGAGCAUUAUAUCACCGUUUCUUGUGUGAUGCAGACAUAGGGCUUACUGUCGAUGGUGCCAUUCCCGAUGAGUUGGGUUCAUCUGAUGACUGGUGUGAUAUGGGAAGACUAGAUGGUUUUGGUGGAGGUGGAGGCUCUGCUGUAAGGGAGCUAUGUUCAAGGGCAAUGACCAUUGUAUAUGAACAGCAUUAUAAAACCAUCGGCCCUUUUGAUGGUACAGCUCAUAUUACUGUUUUGUUGGAUAGAACAGAUGAUCGAGCAUUGAGGCACCGCCUGCUUCUUCUUUUAAAGGUUUUAAUGAAAGAUUUAUCAAAUGUUGAAGCCUGUGUCUUGGUUGGUGGCUGUGUUUUAGCUGUUGAUCUUCUAACUGCAGCCCAUGAAGCCUCUGAGAGGACUUCUAUUCCAUUGCAGUCUAAUCUAAUAGCAGCUACUGCUUUUAUGGAGCCUUUAAAGGAAUGGAUGUUCAUUGACAAGGAUGGUACACAAGUUGGACCAAUGGAAAAAGAUGCAAUCAGAAGGUGUUGGUCUAAGAAAACUAUUGAUUGGACAACCAAAUGCUGGGCUUCCGGUAUGGCUGACUGGAAGCGAUUACGUGACAUUCGUGAACUGCGUUGGGCGCUGGCUGUUCGGGUUCCUGUUUUAACUCCCAUUCAGGUGGGAGAGGCUGCUCUGGCUAUACUACACAGCAUGGUGUCUGCACGAUCUGAUCUUGAUGAUGCUGGAGAGAUUGUAACUCCAACACCAAGGGUGAAGCGAAUUUUGUCAAGUCCUCGAUGUCUUCCACAUAUUGCUCAGGCUAUUCUUACUGGGGAACCUAGCAUCGUUGAGGUGGCUGCUUCCUUGCUCAAGGCUAUUGUGACAAGAAAUCCAAAGGCAAUGGUUCGAUUAUAUAGCACUGGUGCCUUUUAUUUUUCUCUUGCAUAUCCUGGAUCUAAUCUUCAUUCGAUCGCACAACUAUUUUCUGUGACACACAUCCAUCAAGCAUUCCAUGGUGGUGAAGAGGCAGCAGUAUCUUCGUCUUUGCCCUUGGCAAAGCGAAGUGUACUGGGUGGACUUCUUCCAGAAUCCUUGUUAUAUGUACUGGAGCGUAGUGGACCUGCAGCUUUUGCUGCAGCGAUGGUAUCUGAUUCUGAUACCCCAGAAAUCAUUUGGACACACAAAAUGAGAGCAGAACAUCUGAUUCGGCAGGUUUUGCAGCAUCUUGGUGAUUUUCCACAGAAGUUAUCACAGCACUGUCAUUCAUUGUAUGAUUAUGCUCCUAUGCCUCCAGUAACUUAUCCAGAACUACGAGAUGAAAUGUGGUGCCAUCGUUAUUAUCUCCGAAAUUUGUGUGAUGAGAUAAGGUUUCCCAAUUGGCCCAUCGUUGAGCAUGUUGAAUUUUUACAGUCACUGUUGGUAAUGUGGCGUGAGGAAUUAACUCGGCGUCCGAUGGAUCUUUCCGAGGAAGAAGCUUGCAAGAUAUUGGAGAUCUCCAUGGAUGACAUUAUAAUUGGUAAGAAUAGGCAACCUUCGGAGGCAGAGGAUGACAAAUAUAACAAGCCCAGUCAGAUUGAUAGCAUAGAUGAAGAAAGGCUUAAACGCCAAUAUCGGAAACUGGCGAUAAAGUAUCAUCCUGACAAAAAUCCUGAAGGGAGGGAGAAGUUUGUCGCUGUGCAGAAGGCUUAUGAACGGUUGCAGGCAACCAUGCAAGGAUUGCAAGGUCCACAAGUUUGGAGGUUGUUACUUCUGCUAAAGGGACAGUGCAUCUUGUACAGACGAUAUGGUGGUGUCUUGGAACCCUUCAAAUAUGCUGGAUAUCCGAUGUUGCUAAAUGCUGUUACCGUUGAUGAGGAUGAUAGCAAUUUCCUUUCAUCAGAAAGGGCCCCUCUUCUUAUUGCAGCUUCAGAGCUGAUUUGGCUGACGUGUGCAUCAUCUUCUUUGAAUGGUGAAGAGCUUAUCAGAGAUGAUGGGAUUCCCCUCUUAGCAACCCUUCUUUCCCGUUGCAUGUGUGUGGUUCAACCCACAACACCUGCAAAUGAACCUGCUACCAUCAUCGUGACAAAUGUGAUGCGUACCUUUUCUGUUGUGAGUCAGUUUGAAACAGCAAGAGCUGAGAUGCUCAAAUUUGGAGGUCUUGUAGAGGACAUUGUGCACUGCACUGAACUAGAGCUAAUUCCUGCAGCUGUUGAUGCUGCUCUUCAAACAGCAGCUCAUUUAUCAGCAUCAUCUGAAUCACAGGAUGCUCUACUUGCAGCUGGCCUGUUAUGGUACCUAUUGCCGCUUCUGCUCCAGUAUGAUUCUACAGCAGAGGAGAAUGGUCUAAAUGAGGCUCAUGGUGUUGGUGCUAGUGUUCAAAUUGCUAAAAAUAUCCAUGCAGUUCUCGCAACUCAAGCUCUAUCCAAGCUAUGUGGUGUUUGUGAAGAUGGAGUGUCAAUCCCUUAUAACCAACCGGCUGCUAGUGCACUCCGGGCUUUACUUACUCCCAAGCUUGCUAAUAUGCUUAAAAGUCGGGCAUCAAAGGAUCUUUUGUCAAAUUUAAAUGCAAAUCUGGAGACUCCAGAGAUUAUAUGGAAUUCUUCCACGCGAGCUGAAUUGCUCAAGUUUGUGGAUCAGCAGCGGGCCAAUCAACGUCCUGAUGGUUCCUAUGAUUUGUUAGAAUCACAAUCUUUCACUUAUCAAGCUUUAUCAAAAGAGUUACAUGUUGGCAAUGUUUACCUGAGGGUCUACAAUGAUCAACCAGAUUAUGAAAUAAGUGAGCCUGAGGUUUUCUCUGUUGCUCUUCUUAAAUAUAUAUCAGAACUAGUGCAUACAUUGAAAGACUUGGAUGUUGCUGCUGCAAAUACAUUUGAUCAUAACUUUUCAUCUCCGGAGUUAUCCGCACUUCAAAACGGUGCAGUUAGUGUAGCUAGUGACAAAGAAAAAGCCAAUGAAUUUCUGAAGGUUUCUGGUGUAGACGAAAGGAGGGAGCAAGAAGCUUUAGCAAUAAAGAAUCUUCAAAUUGGGUUGACAUCUCUUCAGAACCUGUUGACGAGCAACCCUAGUUUGGCUGCUAUGUUUUCCACGAAAGAACAGCUUACACCACUCUUUGAAUGUCUAACCGUUGUUGUCCCUGUUGAAAGCAACAUUCCGCAAAUAUGCCUUACAGUGCUGUUGCUUUUGACAACAUAUGCUCCUUGUUUGGAAGCUAUGGUUGCAGAAAGGGCGAACGCCAUCCUUUUAUUACAGAUACUUCACAGGAAUCCUGCCUGCAGAGAAGGAGCUCUUGCAGUCCUUUAUUCCCUGGCCGGCACGCCUGAGCUUGCUUGGGCUGUAGCCAAGCAUGGUGGGGUUGUGUACAUUCUUGAACUUAUUCUGCCUAUGCAUGAAGAAAUUCCUUUACAGCAAAGAGCAGCAGCUGCAUCCUUGUUGAGCAAGCUUGUUGGACAGCCAAUGCAUGGGCCUAGAGUAGCUAUUACACUAGCAAGGUUUCUUCCAGAUGGCUUAGUAUCUGCUGUCAGGGAUGGACCAGGUGAAGCGGUAGUUUCAUCUCUUGAUCAAACAACAGAAACACCAGAACUUGUAUGGACACCAGCAAUGGCAGCUUCUCUCUCUGCACAAUUGUCAACUAUGGCAUUGGACCUCUACCAAGAACAGAUGAAAGGCCGCCUUGAUGAUUGGGAUGUACCUGAACAGGCAUCAGGCCAACAUGUGAUGAGAGAUGAACCACAGGUUGGGGGUAUCUAUGUAAGGCUUUUCUUGAAAGACCCAAAGUUUCCCUUGAGGAAUCCCAAGAGAUUUUUGGAAGGACUGUUGGAUCAAUAUGUUUCAUCAAUUGCUGCAACCCAUUAUGAAUCACGAGCUGCUGAUUCUGAGCUUCCUUUGCUGCUGUCUGCUGCACUUGUGUCCUUGUUACGGGUACAUCCUGCCCUUGCAGACCAUGUUGGUUAUCUUGGGUAUGUUCCAAAACUCGUUGCUGCCAUGGCAUUUGAAGGAAGCCGAGAAAAGAUGGCUUCUGAAGAGGUGACUAGUGCAAGCAAUGAUGGACAUAAAGAAACUGAGGAUGCACAAUCAGAUUCCAGCAGUCAGACCCCACAAGAACGUGUGCGCCUUAGUUGUUUACGAAUAUUACAUCAACUGGCUUCUAGUACAAUUUGUGCAGAGGCUAUGGCAGCCACUAGUGUUGGGACUCCUCAGGUUGUUCCUUUGCUUAUGAAAGCGAUAGGUUGGCAAGGUGGUGGUAUACUGGCUCUAGAGACACUAAAACGUGUUGUUGUUGCUGGAAAUCGUGCCCGUGAUGCACUUGUUGCACAGGCAUUGAAGGUCGGCCUUGUGGAAGUACUUCUUGGUCUUCUUGACUGGAGAGCUGGUGGGAGACAUGGACUAUGUGCACAAAUGAAAUGGAAUGAAUCUGAAGCUUCAAUUGGGCGAGUCCUUGCAGUGGAGGUUUUGCAUGCUUUUGCAGCAGAGGGUGCCCAUUGUGGUAAAAUUCGAGACAUAUUAAAUGCUUCUGAUGUAUGGAGUGCUUAUAAAGAUCAAAAACACGAUCUUUUCCUCCCUUCAAAUGCUCAAUCUGCGGCUGCUGGAGUUGCGGGACUAAUUGAGAGCUCAUCAUCGAAAUUUACAUAUGCACUUACUGCUCCACCUCCACAGCCCGCUCCAAUGAGGCUACCACCUACUGCUUCUGCUGCAAACUCAAAUGAAAAGUAGAACCACCAGUCCAUAUAGAGAGAGACAGAUGCAUGCUCCAGUAGCUAGCAUCAUCCCGGAAUGGUACAGCUGUCCCACCCCCAUCCCCAACAAAAAGAGUACAUAGUGUACAGUAUCUUGAUUUUAAAUGUUGAAGGAAAGGCCAAUUUUAUAUUUUUGCUUGUAAAAGCUUGAAUUCCUAUCGGUUUAUGUAUCAUAUUUCUUUGUAUCUAAAUGCUGAAAUAAGUGAGGUUUGUUAAGGUUGGAUCUUUUCGACUGUUAGUUAUUCAAAGCUAUAGAAGAUACCCAGAAUUUCCAGUC